UCCACACCAUCCCCUGAAGACUUACCGCGUGUGAACGCCUACAUCGGUCUCGACAGACUCCCUUUUCCGAAGUCGCUGAAGGGAAAGGAGAUCCUCAACUUUCCACUAACAAUCGGGCGUGUAACGUUUGACGAUCCAAACUUCGUCAUUCCCACCGAAACUCCUGACGUACCGUCACCCGAGGGCGUUGUCUUCCCCGAUGUUCGCGAGAUUCUCAUAUCAUCGACCAUUUCUACCGUGGCAGAAGUCCGCGUCUUGGACUUUGGGAUGGAGCGCUGCCAUGUAUCAAUC